GAUUUCCACCUCUGGCUCUGUGCUGAGGCAGCUCUGGAUGGUCAGGCACAGCUGAAGCCUACAACAGAGUUCCCGGGGCCAGCCAGGGUUCCCGGCCAGGGUCAAUGGCUGGCCAAGCUCCCACAGCGGUUCCCGGCAGUGUUACUGGAGAAGUCUCACGAUGGCAGAACCUAGGACCUGCCCAGCCUGCACAGAAAGUAGCCCAGCCCCAAAACCUGGUUCCAGAUGGGCACCUUGAGAAAGCCCUGGAGGGAAGUGACCUUCUACAGAAGUUGGGUGGCUUUCACAUCGCCAUUGCUUUUGCACACUUGGCCUUUGGUGGCUACUUGAUCUCCACAGUCAAGAAUCUGCACCUGGUGGUGUUGAAGUGCUGGUAUCCACUCUGGGGAACUGUCUCUUUUCUCGUUGCAGGGAUGGCGGCCAUGACAACAGUGACAUUCCCUAAGACCUCUCUGAAGGUUCUCUGUGUGAUAGCCAACGUUAUCAGCUUGUUCUGCGCACUGGCCGGCUUCUUUGUCAUUGCCAAGGACCUCUUCCUGGAGGGUCCUUUUCCAUGGCCAAUCUGGAGACCAUACCCUGAACCCACAACCUACAUCCAAAGGCUAGAGCUGACCCUGUUCUGCUUCACCUUCCUGGAGAUCUUCCUGUCGGGGUCCACAGCCAUCACAGCCUAUAGGAUGAAACGCCUGCAAGCAGAGGACAAGGAUGACACCCCUUUCGUUCCUGACACACCUAUGGAACUUAAAGGUCUAUCGCUGGGGCCACCACCAUCCUAUAAAGAUGUGGCCCAAGGACACUCCUCCUCUGAUACUGGCAGAGCCUUGGCCACCAGCUCUGGACUGCUGCUGGCCUCUGACUCCUUCCAUCAAGCUCUGCUUCACACGGGCCCAAGGACCUUGAGAAAGUAGUCUAAGACUACUAGACUUUCCCAAUAAAGACUGAGUUCCUGCAAUGCCAAGUCCUUCCCUGCCUCCCAUUGGCUGGACUCCGGUGAUGACACAGGCGUGACUUGCACAAAUAAAUGCAUAACCACUAUGAAAAGAAA